UCAAUUCAACCCAAUUUUGCAUGCAUAUUCUUCUACAUCGGAGCCAUGUCUGAACCCCCGGCGAAACCGGUUCUCCAAAAGCCACCCGGAUACAACGACCUAAACGCCCCGGCCGGUCCCCGUGGGUUUAGACCACCGCCGCGGAAACCGAUUCUCCCACCGUCUUUUCAUCCCAAGAAAAGAAAGACUAAUUAUGGUCGCGCUUGUUGUUGCUGUUUCUGCAUCUUCUUUUUGAUCUUCCUUCUCCUCAUUAUUAUUUCCGCCGCCGCUUUUUACCUCUGGUUCGACCCGAAGUUACCCGGAUUCCACGUCCAAUCGUUCCGGAUCUCCCGAUUUAACGUCAGCAAAAGACCCGACGGAACCUACCUCGAUGCCGAAACGACGACGAGACUGGAAGUGAAGAACCCAAACGGAAAGAUGACUUACUAUUACGUCAACACGGAGGUUGAUGUCACCGUGGUGGAAGGUGCGUACGAGACCGAUUUGGGAACGACGUCGGUGCCGGAGUUCACUAUGCGGAAAAAGAGCACGAGGACUUUGAGGGCAGGAACAAAGGUGAGUAACAAGUUAGUGGUCAACGAGGUCGGGAACAAGCUCAAGGUUCGGUACCGAAGCAAAAGUUUAGCGGUGAACGUGGAGGCUCGGACGAAAAUCGGAGUGGGAGUGGCGGGGUUGAAGAUCGGCAUGGUCGGCGUCACAGUUAAGUGCGACGGGAUGUCCAAGAAACAACUUGACGGCGGCGACAUGCCCAAAUGCGUCAUCAACAUGCUAAAAUGGUAAGGCAACGCUCAACAUUCACUGAAACUGAUCACAGGUACUGAUCAAUUUGAUGGAUUGGGCCGGGCUGGGGGUUACAUUUUGUAUCCACAUUGGAUUGGAUUGUAGCAGUUAGGUUCGGCUUUCAUUUUUUGUUCUUUACAUAUAAUUAAUAAUCAGUAUUUAUUCACACAUUACAUUAUACUUGAGGGAAAAGAGUUAUCAUCCAUCAUAGUAAA